GGGAGGGGGAAUGGGCAGGUCCGGCGCAUCAUUUCCUUUAGAAUUUGGAGCACGCAGCUUUGCCGUCCCAGUGAGUAUGCGAGAACAUUAGCUCUUGUAUGCACGUACACAUUCCACCCAAGAAGAUUUGACCGAAUUUAAGACCGAAACAUUUCGGUAGCACGGUUACCGCUGCCAUGCCAAAUAUCGUUUUGUUCAGCGGAAGCUCGCACCAUGAUCUGUCACAGAAAGUGGCUGACAGACUCGGUUUGGAAUUAGGAAAAGUGAUUACGAAGAAAUUCAGCAACCAAGAAACAUGCGUGGAGAUCGGCGAGAGCGUGCGUGGGGAGGACGUCUACAUCGUGCAGAGCGGCUGUGGCGAGAUCAACGACAACCUGAUGGAGCUGCUGAUCAUGAUCAACGCCUGCAAGAUCGCCUCUGCCUCCCGCGUCACGGCCGUCAUCCCCUGCUUCCCCUACGCCCGGCAGGACAAGAAGGACAAGAGUCGCGCCCCCAUCUCCGCCAAGCUGGUGGCCAACAUGCUGUCCGUGGCGGGAGCCGAUCACAUCAUCACCAUGGACCUCCACGCCUCCCAGAUCCAGGGCUUCUUUGACAUCGCCGUGGACAACCUGUACGCCGAGCCCGCGGUCCUGCAGUGGAUCCGGGAGAACAUUCCGGAAUGGAAGAACUGCAUCAUCGUGUCGCCGGACGCCGGCGGCGCGAAACGCGUGACGUCCAUCGCCGACCGGCUGAACGUGGAGUUCGCGCUCAUCCACAAGGAGAGGAAGAAGGCCAACGAGGUGGACCGCAUGGUGCUGGUGGGCGACGUGAAGGACCGCGUGGCCAUCCUGGUGGACGACAUGGCCGACACCUGCGGCACCAUCUGCCACGCCGCCGACAAGCUGAUUUCUGCCGGAGCCACUAAAGCCUACGCCAUCCUGACUCACGGAAUCUUCUCCGGCCCGGCCAUCUCGCGCAUAAACAACGCGCCGUUCGAGGCGGUGGUCGUCACCAACACCAUCCCCCAGGAGGAGAAGAUGAGGCAGUGCCCGAAGAUCCAGGUCAUUGAUAUAUCCAUGAUCCUGGCUGAAGCCAUCCGGAGAACUCACAACGGAGAGUCCGUGUCCUACCUCUUCAGCCACGUGCCGUUGUGAGGGAGGGAAAGUGGGCGGUGCUCUCUCCCGAUUGGCCGGUUGGCUCGUGGCCAGUUUAGCCCUCCCUGGCUGAAAUCGAGCCCAUUGGUGGGAGGUUCCCAUGUGACUGACUGUUUCCAUUGACGUUUCCCCUAGUGGAUCACCACCUAUUUAUAUUACAGAUUUCUUUUUUUUUUUUUUGUUUGUUUCUUAUUAUACAUGUUCCUUAGCACCGAAACUCAAAAUGUCCAAAUGUUGCCCAAAUCCAGAGUUUUGUAGACUUAUUGUUUGUACCGCAUUGUAAAGGCACUGUAAAUUAAUAAUUCCCUUAAGUAAAAAGUAAGAUUUGGUUUUUAUGAAUGGUUGCUAUGAUAUGGGGGUUUCUGGACAGCAGGUUUAUCAGAAUGGGGGGGGAGGGGGGGGUUCUUCUGAGGGCUAGAGUCUGUGGACAUGCUCUUGUACCCUUAUACUGUAGCGAAUCCUAAAUGUAAUAAUUAUUAUUAUUAUUAAUUAAUAAUAAUAAUAACAAUAAUAAUAAUAAUAAGUAAAUGACACAGUAAAGUAUGAGACUGCACGAACAGUUCCAGCACAGUGUUUAAACCGCAGAGGUGGACGUCAGGUGACACUGUGUGAGGGUAUUUGAGCAUUUCCAUUGGCUGGGGCUAAUUUUUCCCACGCUAAUUUAGUAAAGAAAGGUACGUGUCCGGUUCCCUGUUUAAUCUCUAGGUUGUUCCCCGUGAAACGUUUCCCAUGAGCUGGGAAGGGAUCAGAAUUAUGACGCGCUCUGACCAUAGUGUGUAGACACAUACAGAGUUAUUACUUGACAAAUUAACAUCAGCUGUGUGUACUUUUUUUUUUUUUUCAAACAUUAUGUUAACAUGCUAAAACGUGCAACAAGUAAAGCCUUUUAAUUUUCUUUCUCGGCAUAUGCUUCUAACUUUUUCAGGGUUGGAUGUUAUAUUAUUUUUUUUUAUGGAAUAUUGCUCGUUCAUAGAUUUCUUCUGUGCUUUGAUGAUCAUGAGCAAACUACAGUGAGAGGGGUUUUUUUUUUCGAGCUUUAAAAAUAUGCUGAGAUUUAUAGUCGAAUCCUUGCUUCGCGUAGUAAAAGGUGUAUGCACAAUCCUUGCUAUAAGGUCACAUUUCAGGUGUCUGAUGUCCCUGGUGGGGGUGGGUGGGGUCCUCUUAUGGAUAAGGUUUCCUUCAGGGUUUCUGUCUACUCCAUUCAUCAGCACAAGGCAGAAACCGUUCCACACAAACAAAGCGUUUUCAGAUUAUUUUUUCCCCAGAAUAUUUCCAAAGUCUUUCUAUGACAAUAAAAGUAUGAGAAUAA